CAGCCCCGGAGUCAGAGGAACUCUCCUCCAUCCUCCCUGCACUCAACUCCUUGCAGCACAGCUCCAGUGACCCUCCUCUCUGUUUGACACUCAGCUUGGGAGGAGCAGCCAUGGCUCUGCAGACAUAUACUAAAAGCAUCGGAGGUGGCAGAAAGUGCUACAGCUCACGCUCUGCCGUCGGCGGUGGAGGGGGGAGCAGAGUCAGGAGCAGCUACAGCUCGUAUUCCUCCCGGGGCUAUGGAGGUGGUGGACGGUGUGGUGGUUUCAGCAGCAGGAGCUAUGGCGGAGGCGGAGGCGGAAGGAUUUCCUCUGGGUUUUAUGGCGGAGGAUAUGGCUGCCGAGGUGUUGGUUUUGGUGGCGGGGCGAUGGGUUACGGAGGAGCUGGUGGCUAUGGAGGAGGAGGAAGCUGCAUUGUAGGAGGACUAGGUGGCUAUGGAGGAGGCAUGGGAGGUGGCUUUGGUGGAGGUGGCUUUGGUGGAGGUGGCUUUGGUGGUGGUGGCUUCGGUGGAGGUGGCAUGGGACCAGUAUGUGGCUUUGGAGGAGGUGGUCCCGGUGUUGGCUUUCCACUUGGGAGAGGUGGCCCUGGGUAUCCUGGUGGCAUCCAACCUGUUCAGGUGGAUCCCAACCUCAUGAGGCCAGUCCAUGUGGAGAUUGACCCCCAGAUCCAGCAGGUGAAGCAACAUGAGAAGGAGCAGAUCAAGACCCUCAACAACAAGUUUGCUACCUUCAUUGACAAGGUCCGCUUUUUGGAGCAACAAAAUAAGGUUCUGUCCACAAAGUGGGAGCUUCUACAACAGCAAGGCCCCAGUGGGCCAAGAAGGGACCUCACUGCCCUAUAUGAAAAUUAUAUUGAAAACUUGAGAAGGCAGCUGGACAAUGUCCUCAGUCAAAGGGGACCACUAGAGUCACAACUACACGACAUGCAAGGCUACGUUGAAGACUACAAGAACAAGUAUGAAGAGGAAAUCAACAGGCGCACGUCUGCCGAGAAUGAAUUUGUGGUGCUGAAGAAGGAUGUGGAUUGUGCCUACAUGACUAAAGUAGAUUUGGAAGCAAAGGUGCAAGCCCUGAUUGAUGAAAUCAACUUCCUGAGAUACGUGUUUGAGGAGGAGCUGUCUCAGUUGCAGACAAUAAGUCGCGACUUGUCUGUGGUCGUGUCUAUGGAUAACAGCAGACAUCUCAAUCUGGACAGCAUCAUUGAUGAAAUCAGGGCCCAAUAUGAACAGAUCGCUCAGAGCAGCAGAGCUGAGGCUGAGGCCUGGUACCAGAGCAGGUAUGAAGAGCUGCAGAGCACAGCUGGACAGCAUGGGGAAAGCCUGCGCAACACCAGACAAGAGAUCCAGGAGCUGACCCGGUGUAUCCAAAAACUGCGGAGUGAGAUCGAGAACGUGAGGAAGCAGUGUGAACAGCUGCAGGCAGCCAUUGCAGAGGCUGAGGAGCGGGGUGAGAUGGCCCUCAAGGAUGCUAGGUGCAAGCUGGAAGAGCUUGAGUGCGCCCUGCACAAGGACAAGGAAGAGCUGGCUCGCCUGCUGAAGGAAUACCAAGAGCUGCUGAAUGUCAAGAUUGCCCUGGAUAUAGAGAUUGCCAUGUACAGGAAGCUGCUGGAAGGGGAGGAGUGCAGGAUGUCCGAAGGGUCCAACGUGAAUGUCUCGGUGGUGGGCAGGACCACCAUUUCUGGAGGCCGAGGUGGAUUCGGAGGUGGAUUCGGAGGUGGCAUGGGUGGUGGCAUCGGUGGUGGCAUUGGAGGUGGCAUCGGAGGUGGCAUUGGAGGUGGAGGUGGGAUCGGAGGACCCUGCGGGAUGGGAGGACCCAUUGGAAUCGGAGGACCUAUUGGGAUCGGAGGACCCUGCGGGCCUGGAGGAGCCGGCGGGAUGGGAGGACCCUGCGGGAUUGGCGGAGGAGGCAUCUCUGGAGGCAGCAUGGUAGGAGGUGGGUACGGAGGCAGCUGUAUCGGCGGAGGUGGCAUGGUCAGCGGCGGUUACUCCUCUGGGAGCGGAAGAGGCUUCAGCUGUGGCGGAGGCAGCAUCGGCGGUGGAUCCGCCUCAUCUAUCAAAAAAUGCAUCACGACCACGACCGUAAAAUCUUCAGGAGGAAGGUACUAAGCCUGGGAGUCCUUCUUCCCAGGGCACAACAGUUCUCUCUUGCUCUCCUGGCUGCAGCACAGCCCCUCUCCACCCACUCCUGGCAUCCAGAAAAGAAACGAACUGUGCCCCUGGCCGCUCAACCCCCUCCAUAGACCCUCUUCUGCCAAAUGCCCGUGCUCCUAGGGGGAGCCGUGUGAGAAGACACCACCUUCUUGGACACCGCCACCAUGGGCCUGGGUUUUCAGCAAGCUCCAGAGUCUUGUUCAGACCUAAGCAAUAUUGCAAAGUUAGGGAGCUGUGCCAGGAAACGCAUCCCUGGAGGCUAGCAGUUAGCAGAGGGUAGAUGAAGGGAGGAGCGCUCUGCCUCUCUCGCUGUGCUGUACCUGUUGAACUGUUGAGACUGCCCUGUGGCAAUGUGUAUAAAACUCCUUCUUCCCUUCUCUUUCCUGAGCCUUCUUCUUCAAUGGCCACGUUUCCUUGGGUGCUCUAGUUUACUGCAUCGCACGUCCUGCAUUUUCUUGCUUUACAAACAGCAGUAGGCCAUGUUUUCCCAUGUUGAAGUAACAGUUCAGCCCAGACAGAACAGAGCAGGAGGAAACUUCUCUGCUGGUGUCUAGAGAGGUCAAUACAUCCGCUCUCUGGAACGAGUAGGCAGAUGCAUUAUUUGGGUAACCCCAGGUGUACUCCAGCCAACAUUGCCCGAAAUGAGUGGCUAUCGAUCCUGUGUCCUGUCAUUUAUUAGUUGCACUCAAUUCUGCCUGAUGUGUGCAUGGCUUCUUUCUACGGUAACAGAGCAAAAUGUUCUCGGCAAAGGCUUCUGUGAUGCAGAAUGUGCUUGUAUUGUCAUUGUCUCCUUACUUUUUCUGCUCAUGGUCUGCCCCAUUUUCUAGGGGUAUGGCCAUUCUCAAUAAAUUGCAGACAAGUCAA